UUAAUCUGAAUUUAAAGAAUUUCCUUAAAGGACUUGAUUGUUCUAGAGUAUUUCAAAAAAGGUUUGGUUGACUUUUAAAUAGAUAAGAUAUGUGGAUAGAUGUGUUUUUUUGGUUUCCUAUGAAAAAAAGCAUCAUUUGAACUUCAAGAAGGCUUCAGAUCUUACAUGAUCUAACAUAUUAAUAUCUUAAAGUAAUAUCACGAUCAACAUUCACUUUUUUAUUAUUUCCACAGCCUUUAUAGGUAAUUGGUGAUAUGUGAUGUGGAACUACACUUUGCCCAUGGAUACUGAACCAAAGAAAAGAAGAUGGAGAAUGCUGACGGGAUGUUUUAAGCAGUUUAAGUGUUUACAACACCUCAAAAUGUUGAAAAGAGAACAAGGAAACUAUUUUUUUAAACAUUGCCGUUCGCUGUCAGUACUGUUUUACUGCUGCGUAUUCAUAAAACUUGUAAAUGGUUACUCAUUAAAGAACUGUACCGUCAGAGGGUCUUUAAAAUAUGCACAAAAUAUAAAUGUGUUCUGUAAUAAGAGGUCUCUCCAUGCAGUACCAGUGAAAAUACCAGACAGAACUACAUACUUGGACAUUUCUUGCAAUGUCAUAUGUAAGAUAAACAGGAGGGAUUUAACUCAACUCUUCAACCUUAGCUGUCUAAUUGCAACACACAACAAGAUCCAGGAAGUGGAGGAAGGGGCUUUCAGCAGUUUGGUGGCUUUGCAGGAGUUAAAUCUGGCCUACAACAAACUGAGAAAUAUCACAGGAGGACUCUUUCAAAACCUGGUUAAUCUCACUGUCCUACAUCUGAAUGAAAACUUGAUUACAAAUAUCAACUCCUCUUCAUUCGAUCCCCUUAUCAGUUUAAAAACUGUUAAUCUGUCCAGAAAUCAUCUGGGGCAUAUAAACAAAGUGCACCCUCUCUUCUUAUUACCACAAUUACAGGAACUGCACAUUGGGAGUAAUGGGAUUACCUCAUUUCAGACCUCUGAGGUGUCUAACAUAUCCUUAAGACUGGAAGUACUGGAUUUAUUCCAAAACCCUUUGAAGGUAUUCAGUAUAACUGCAGAUAUUUUCCCUCACCUUGACAGUUUGGUCUUGGCUUUUGUCAAUGAAAAUAUGACAUGGGAUGUGCAGGACAAAAGGUAUUUUCAAAGUGUGAAGAGUCUAAAUUUAAAUGGAGUACAAAUGCCCCCAGAGAAGAUCACAGGUCUCCUUCAAACCUUUAACUCUUCUUUAGCCAGCCUGUGGCUACACCACCUGGGAGAAGGAAAAGUGAAAGCUUUGAUUAAGAAUGUCUGUCUGAUUGAUUCUCUGAAAAUUCUCAGCUUGCAGGGGAACAACAUUUCAUCCAUAUCAAAGGAUGAGAUGCAAUUCUGCACACAGUUAACCCAGCUUGAUCUCUCCAACAACAGACUAUUCACUGUCCCUGAGGUCAUCAGCAACCUUCCAGGUCUUCAUAUCUUGGACCUCACCUUCAAUGCAAUUAAGACCAUACGCUGUAUAGAUUUUGCCAACUUAACUCAGUUACGAGUCCUUCAGAUCUACACAAAUGCUGUGUCUUCUAUUGAAGACUGUGCUUUUAGGGAUCUGAGAAACUUAGCAACUCUAAUGAUUGGAUCUAACAAACUGUCUUUUAAAGGUUAUUUAAAAAAAGGUCUUCAAAAACUUAAGAGUUUGGAUUUAGCACAUAACAACCUGGAUUCUCUCCACAAGGGAGAUUUUGAGUCCUUAAGAUCACUCAAGAAUUUGUCCCUACAAGACAAUCAAUUAUCAUUUAUUGAACCGGGGGCCUUCAAUGGACUGAACAAUUUGAUUUUUUUGAACUUGCAAUCAAACAAGAUCUCUCAGAAUUCAAUAAAAGACUUAGUGUUCUCUGGACUUCCAAACCUAAAAAUACUUCUGCUGAACAACAACUAUAUUUCAUAUGAGAGUCAAGAGGCUCUUGUACACCCACCCUUUCAAUAUCUGAACAAGCUAAAGACUCUGAACAUUUUUAGUCAAGGUCAUAAAGGGAUGCGUAAUUUACCCUCAAACUUUUUUGAGGGACUGAGGUCUUUGGAAGAACUUCAGGCUGAGAAUCUUAAUAUUUACUCUUUACAUCCAGAUACAUUUACUUACACUCCUUACCUGUGGGUGCUGGAUCUCAGCAGAAAUGAAUUGAUCUCACUCUCAAAAGAAAUACUUCUGCCUCUCCAGGUACUAAAGACACUUCACCUGUCCAAAGUUGGUUUGCAAUCUUUGGACUUUCUUAUUCAGGCAAAUCUCAGUAAACUGCAUCUGUUGCAUGUCAGCAAGAAUGCAUUAUCAGUCAUCAAUGAGACUGUGAUCCAUUCUCUUCCAACACUGAUUUAUCUUGAUCUACAAGAAAAUUAUCUCUCAUGUGACUGUAGCAAUGACUGGUUCAUCAACUGGACCAUAAGUAGCAAUGACACAGAGGUUGAGAGCGCUUAUCAGUUGACAUGCAAUUACCCAGACAAACUCAAAGGACAUAAACUCCUGGAUCUUGAUGUAGGUUCUUGUAAUAUAGAUGUUGGAUUUUUCUGUUUCAUUUCCACAACCACUUUGGUCUCACUGACCCUUCUCAGCUCCUUCCUUUUUCACUUCUUGAAAUGUCAGGUCAUUUAUACCUACUAUCUAUUCCUUGCUUUUCUCUAUGAUAGCAGACAACAGAAAAAGAGAAAGCUUAAUGGUUUCCAGUAUGAUGCUUUUAUUUCAUAUAACACACAUGAUGAAUUGUGGGUAAUGAGGGAGCUAUUGCCUCAGCUGGAAGGUGAGCAGGGUUGGAGGUUUUGCCUGCAUCACAGGGAUUUUGAACCAGGGAAACCCAUCAUGGAUAAUAUUGUCGAUGGCAUUUACAGCAGCCGCAAAACCAUCUGUGUGAUUAGUCGACACUAUCUGGAAAGUGAGUGGUGUUCCAGAGAGAUCCAGGUGGCCAGUUUCCGUCUCUUUGAUGAGAAAAAAGAUGUUCUCAUCUUAGUAUUCCUGGAGAAUAUUCCAAGCCAUCAGCUGUCUCCAUACUACAGGAUGAGGAGGCUAAUCAAGAAGAGGACAUAUCUCAGCUGGCCCCAACCAGGAGAGGACGUCAGGGGUUUUUGGCAGAAACUGGGAAUGGCUCUGGGGACUCAACGCACUACUGAAAAGGAAAGUCCUAUUCUCUCAAAUUUUGGGGUGGUCUAAGAUACUGGUAUGCUGACUAAAACAACUGUUCUAUAAAUAAAUAAAUAAAUAAAUAUAUAUAUAUAUUUUACAAUGUGUUUUUAUGCAUUUUAUUUUCCUAUUUUUUAUUCUAUUUUAUUAUCUUUAUCCCUAAUUCUAUUUUUAUUUUUAAAAAUAUAUGUGAACACCUGUAAAGCACUUUAGGGCAUUAAUAACAAAAAUAUUUUAAGCCAGGGAAUGCAAAAUUUAUCUUAAUGUUCAUCUAACUAUAAAAACUUAAGUGGUGACCUAUAUGAGAGUGGAGUGUUGAGAUCUUUUGAAAAUUUGGUUCAACAUUUUGGGAUCCCCAGAUCUCAGUUUUAUAGGUAUUUACAACUGUGCCACCUGCCCUGUACUAUUUCUGGGAGUAGCAUACACCCCCCUAAAGCGGCAGACACUCUAGGAGUGGUGAUUACUGCUUUUGGAAAAGAUCAUGAGGCAUCAGUGUAUUACUCCCUGCUAAUUCAGAGUCUGGGGGACAGAGCUUCAACUUCUCUCAAGAGAUUAUGGGAGAAAGAUUUCAACUUGGUAUUGGAGGAGGGAGUGUGGGCUAGGAUUCUUAAAAACUUCAAGUCUGCAUCUAGAGAUGCAAUGGUGUGUCUAAUGCAAUUCAAGAUUUUAUAUAGAUUUUAUUGGACCCCCUCUAGAUUGUAUAGGUUUGGUCUUAAAGACACACCCACUUGCUGGCGAUGCCAAUCGGAGGAUUUUUUGGUGGUGUAUUGAGAUACACAUAUUCUGGUUGAAGGUUCAGAAUUUUGUGUGUGACGUGGUGGGUGCUCGGGUUUCGUUUUGCCCCAGACUUUGUGUUUUGGGUGAUGGGGCGGUCUUUGAUAUGGGGAAUAGUCACAUAGAGAAUUGGGUUCUGACCUGUGUGAUGAUUGCCAGGCAGAUUAUUUUGAGGGGUUGGAGGUCAGCUGGUGUGCCCCCAUUUCCGGAGUGGUGCAUGGAGAUGGGGAGGGUGGCGGCUUUUGAAGAGGUGUCAUUGGGAAGACGGGGUAACUUAGAUUUGUUUGUCAGGAAAUGGGGCAGUUAUUUAGAGUUUUUGGAGGGCUCUCAGGGUGGGGCGUGGAGAGAGUAGUGUAGUUCAGAUCAUGUGAGCGAAGCGGAGCGGUGUGACACUCCACUCAAUAACUCACUCCAUGCGUGUGCGCUCCACUCAGCCGCUCAUGGCCCAAGCUGACGCUCCGCUCAAGUACCGCUCAUGCUCACCGGUAAAAAAGCGUUCGCUCAAAUCUCGCUCUGACAUUAAAUUUCUCUGUAAUAUACUUGGUUCCAAGCAUGUACACAGGGUUAGCUACAGUGGCCCAAGCAACUGCCCCUUUGCCCUCAUGGGCUGAGGUGCCCCUCUGGGUGAAAUAUAGACUAUAGGCGAACAUUUAUUAAAUUAUCAAAUGAUUAGUAAUGUACACAUCUGAAAUUAUGUGAUUGUAUGUUUUAGUAUAUAAUAUCUCGCUGUUUAUUUUGGACUGGUUUACAACAGCUGUUAGAUAAUCGUUUCUAGACCUUCCUUAUCAUUUGUAAUCAGUCAAAUAUUUCUCUGUUAGCACGUAUGUCAUUGAACAUCUUCAAAUAAUGCCUUAAACAAAUUUCAGUUCUACAUUACCUUUAUUUACUUUAAACAAGUCAUCAAACAUGCCUCUAAAAGUGAUAAAACAUGUGCGUUGGCACAGAAACUCGCAUACGCGCAAAUUUGCGCUUUACAGUUUAAACUGGACCCAAGUGAUACAACCAGAAAACCACAAUCUUUUCAACUUUAAAGUCUGUUUGAGUCGUUUAUGGCAAUAAUGAACACAUGGAUUGGUACCAGGAAAAAUAUUGCAGGUAAAAGUGAAAUUCAUAAUUGUUCUUCAGUUGUCUCCAUGGAAUGAUUAUACUGUAGAUUUGAUACAUUAAUAUGUUUCUGAUUUAAUCAGACUUUGGGUCUGUAAAUUAAAACGUCCUGGUUACUUUCGUAACCUCCGUUCCCUGAUGGAGGGAACGAGACAUUGUGUCGACGUAGUGACACUAGGUGUCAUUCUUGGGAGCCCCAAACACCUCUGCUUUUUGAAAAAAAAAAAAAAACACUCAUUCAGGUUUUGUGUUGAGGAGCCGAGACAAGGUCCCGGCCAUUUCAGGGGGUAGUUCAGCAUUGUGGCAAGAGGGACACAACGUCUCAUUCCCUCCAUCAGGGAACAGAGGUUACGAAAGUAACCAGGACGUUCCCUAUCUGUCACUCACUCGACGUUGUGUCGAUGUAGUGACACUAGGGGUCCCUAUAAAAAACACCACAACUAGCUGAACUGUGUUACGUGGACUGGCGGUGCGAAGUGAAGAAGUGAAGAGGUAACGACCGCAACCAGGAAAUACACAAACGAAGGGGCACUCUCCGUUAAUGCCACUCUUUUAAGAAGGGAAAAUAUACUCUUUUAUUAGGAAGAAUACACUCUUUUAGCACCCAGGGGCGUUCACCAGUGCAAUAGGGGGAGAAGCCGCUGUAAUGCGCUAUAAAUCCAACAGCUUUUCAAAGUGAAUGGAUUGGCAGAGUAAUUCAGCUCGCUGAACACAACCGAUUGGCUCCGAAGAGAAAAUCUGAAUGAGUGGUUGCAUACCAGCUCCUUUUAUACCCGUAUGUCCGGGGAAGUGGCAUGCAAAUUCCACUCACCAAUUCCCAUUGGCCUUUUUUCAAAAAGCAGAGGUGUUUGGGGCUCCCAAGAGUGACCCCUAGUGUCACUACAUCGACACAACUUCGAGUGAGUGACAGAUAGGAAAUGAGUAAUUUCUCAUCCUUAUUUUAUUCAGUUUUAAAGGGUUUAUUAAGUUAUCCAGAAAAGAGCAGUGAAUAUUUUUCUCUUUUUCAGUGUGGUUGCUUUAUCAAUAUUCCCUACAAUUUUAUAUGUAUGAAUCAUAUGCAGUCUAAAUGACUGUGGUUAUUUAUAUAAUAAUUAUUAUAUUAGUAGAUAUCAUGUGCCCCCUUUGUUUUUCCUUGAUAUUUUUAAAGCACUAUAAAGUGAAUCUGGACUUUAUAUGCGUCAAAGGAUCAUAUGUUGUUUGCGCUCUUUAUGUGUACAGCAAGGUUUAACCAUGGAUUUAACAAAUAAAAGAAAAUGUGUCCUGCAGAGAUUUUGUCCAAUAUAUAUUAGAUGAAUUCAUGUUUAAUGAUCCUAAAACAAAUAAAAAUUAAUUAAUUCACAAAUUA